AUGGAUGCAUCGUCGUCUCUUUCGGAAGAAAGCUUGAAGCUUGAACUCGACGAUCUACAGAAACAGCUGAACAAAAAGCUGAGAUUCGAGUCAUCUGUUCGUUCUAUUCAUUCCCUUCUCCGUGAUCGCUACUCUUCCUCCUCUCCUUCUCUCCGCAAACAGUUCUAUACAGUUGUGUCUCGUGUGGCAACGGUUCUCAAGACAAGAUACACAGCUACUGGGUUCUGGGUUGCGGGUCUAAGCCUUUUCGAGGACGCUGAGACACUUGUCUCUGAUGCUUCUGAGAAGAAACACUUGAAAUCUUGCAUUGAACAAGCGAAAGAGCAGUUAACCGAAGUGGAUAUUCAGCCAACAGAGAGAUCACAAGGCUAUCUUUUCGAGGGACAUCUAACGGUUGAUCGUGAGCCGGCACAGCCUCAGUGGCUGGUGCAGCAGAAUCUCAUGUCUGCUUUCUCUUCGAUCGUUGAUGGUGAAUCCUCUAAUGCUGCUGCUCUUGGGAACGUUUUGGGGGAAACGGCUAACUUGAUGCAGGAACUCAUCAAUGGUCUUGACAGUAUCAUUCCAGAGAUACUAGAAGAUAGUGGACCACCAAGAGCUCCACCUGCAAGUAAAGAGGUUGUGGAGAAACUUCCAGUGAUUGUUUUCAAUGAGGAAAUGCUCAAAACUUUAGGAGCAGAGGUGGAAUGUUGCAUCUGCAAAGAGAAUUUGGUAAUCGGCGACAAAAUGCAGGAGCUGCCAUGCAAGCACACGUUUCACCCUCCUUGCUUAAAGCCUUGGCUGGACGAGCAUAACUCUUGCCCUAUAUGCCGGCAUGAGUUACCGACAGAUGAUCAGAAGUACGAGAGCUGGAAAGAGAAGGAGAAAGAGGCUGAGGAAGAGCGUAAAGGCGCAGAGAAUGCUAUCGAUAAGAUCUUCAAAGAUGAUGCUAAUGAAGAGAAAGGAGAACGUGCCAGGAUGGCAUCUUUCAUUGGUGCAAUGGCUGUAGCUGAUCUCGUUAAGUCUACCUUAGGGCCAAAAGGAAUGGAUAAGAUCUUGCAGUCUACUGGUAGAGGUCAUUCAGUCACUGUUACUAACGAUGGUGCGACUAUUCUCAAAUCACUUCACAUUGAUAACCCUGCUGCUAAAGUUCUUGUUGACAUCUCGAAAGUUCAAGAUGAUGAGGUUGGUGAUGGGACUACUUCUGUUGUUGUUUUGGCUGGGGAGCUUUUGAGGGAAGCUGAGAAGCUUGUUACUUCUAAGAUCCACCCGAUGACGAUUAUAGCUGGUUACAGGAUGGCUGCAGAGUGUGCUCGUGAGGCUUUACUGAAAAGAGUGAUUGAUAAUAAGGAGAAUGCAGAGAAGUUUAGGUCAGACUUGCUGAAGAUUGCGAUGACUACGUUGUGCUCCAAAAUUCUCUCUCAAGACAAGGAACACUUUGCAGAAAUGGCUGUCGAUGCUGUUUUCAGGCUAAAGGGAAGCACAAACUUGGAAGCUAUUCAAAUCAUCAAAAAACCUGGAGGUUCUCUGAGGGAUUCCUUUCUGGAUGAAGGAUUUAUUCUUGACAAGAAGAUCGGAAUUGGACAGCCAAAGCGCAUAGAAAACGCAAAGAUCUUGGUAGCUAACACUGCAAUGGAUACUGACAAAGUGAAAAUUUAUGGUGCACGUGUCCGUGUUGAUUCUAUGACCAAGGUUGCUGAGAUCGAAGGGGCUGAGAAGGAAAAGAUGAAAGACAAGGUGAAUAAGAUACUUGCCCACGGUAUCAACUGCUUUGUUAACAGACAGUUGAUCUACAAUUUCCCUGAGGAACUCUUCGCAGACGCUGGUGUACUUGCUAUUGAGCAUGCUGACUUCGAAGGAAUAGAGCGUCUUGGUUUGGUCACAGGUGGGGAAAUCGCUUCGACCUUUGACAAUCCAGAGUCUGUUAAGCUUGGGCAUUGCAAGCUCAUCGAAGAGAUCAUGAUUGGUGAAGACAAGUUAAUCCAUUUCUCUGGUGUUGAGAUGGGCCAGGCUUGUUCAAUUGUCCUAAGGGGUGCUAGUCACCAUGUUCUAGACGAGGCUGAAAGAUCACUCCACGACGCUCUAUGUGUUCUCUCCCAAACAGUCAAUGACAGUAGAGUGCUGCUCGGUGGUGGAUGGCCAGAGAUGGUGAUGGCAAAGGAAGUAGAUGAGCUUGCAAGGAAAACCGCCGGCAAAAAGUCACAUGCCAUCGAAGCUUUCUCACGUGCUCUAGUGGCUAUACCGACAACAAUCGCAGACAAUGCUGGUUUAGACAGUGCGGAAUUGGUUGCUCAGCUUCGUGCAGAGCACCACACUGAAGGGUGUAACGCCGGGAUUGAUGUCAUCUCCGGAGCUGUAGGAGAUAUGGAGGAGAGAGGAAUCUAUGAAGCAUUCAAAGUGAAGCAAGCGGUUCUGCUUUCAGCGACAGAAGCAGCUGAGAUGAUACUGCGAGUGGAUGAGAUCAUUACAUGUGCUCCUAGGAGGAGAGAAGACAGGAUGUAA